AGUAAAUGUAAUGGACGGAAGUAUCUGUAGCAACAAAAGUCUGGGACCUGACCGUGAGACUCCCUAAGUGGGGAGUCUUCCCUUAAGUGCCACUUGGGAAUAUAAAAUACCAGGAGAUAUAUUAGGACUGAGAGGAAGCCAAGAUGGUGAUGAAUGGUGAAGAGCCUGACUGGACACGGCUGCCAGACAGCAUCCUUCUCCACAUCUUCAUGCAGUUAGAGUAUACUGACAUGCCACAUGUGGGUUUAGUUUGCAAAUCAUGGCAGCGGGUGUCUUAUGACGAGUUCCUUUGGCGCCACUACUUCUACAAAGAUUUCCAGGUGGACCUUGCUGUUCCAAUCAUGCCAGGUCGAACUUCUUGGCGUGGGGAAUACCAACGUCUAGUGGAGGGGACACCAGUAGUGGAAACAGAAGAAAUACAUGAACACAAUCAUCAAGUUCUCCAUGUUUCAUUCUCGCAUAAGGGCGAUAUGUUCGCUACAUCGUCGAAAGAUGGAUUCAUUGUUGUUUGGAAUACCACAUAUCCAGCGAUAGUGAGGCAUUACAGGGAUAUGAAGCUGCAUUCCUGGAAAUACACACAAUUCUCCCAGUUCAACAGCACAGACACACUACUACUCGUCUCAGGAGUACACUUUGGCAGCUACAAUAGCACAUCGGGAGAAAUAGCCGUCUUUAACUUAGAAAGGGAAUUCCAGCUACAGUGUAGAGUAUUAAACAAACCUUACGACAUUUUUGGUACCUGGUACAAUGAUCAGUACCUCCUCUCUGGUGACCUUCACUGGCUGGCUCAUUUGGUUAGCACCAGUGUUAUAUGGCUUAAUAAAGCAAACCAGGAAAAUAAUUCUGAGCAUGAAGCAAUCAUCACUCGUUUAUAUAAAUUUUACAAUCGUAAUGCCUCGAGCGUUCGCACAAUCCUCGUAGCAAACUGUUUGACUCCGGAUUCAACGAAUAAUUCAGAAGUUGUUGAACGGAUGGAAGAAAAAACAGAAGAGAAGGAGGUUGUUGAGAGAGGUAACCCGCCAUCCCAUCGAGAACUGAGUGUCCAUCAACCUCCUGUCACAGAAUAUCAGAAAGAUCAACCUCCACCUGUGAAGAAAGCCGUAUCUACAAACCCGAUCACUUACACAAAUGACUAUAGACGUGCUGAAGUUGAAUUACCAGAUGGGAACUUGGCUGAGCAUGGAUUAGAGCAUCAAAUUACUCAACCUUCAUCGUGUAAGAAGACCAUUUAUACAAACCCAAUCACUUACACGAGAGACUAUAGACGUGCCGAAGUUGAACCACCAGAUGGGAACUCGGCUGAAUUGGGAGGAAAAAUGGAGGAGAAGCAGAAUGUAGCUCCAGUUAAGCCAGUGGAGGAGGAGGAAGAACCUCUUGAGUGGGAAGAAGAUGGUGAGCCUUUACCACCCAUGUCUCUAGCUGAUGAGCGUGAUAAAUUCCUCAUUUUUACCACGGGCUCCAAGACUUACUCCCCCCAUCAAAUUGGUUUUAAGAGAAUAAAGAAGUUUUCAAUACCCACUGUACUGGAGGUUGGUCCGUGUCUGCGGGAGAGAAUUCAGCAGAGGGAUCAGCAGAGAGAGUUACGGAACCUUGGCCUAUUUCAAGAACCCAAUUGGCUUGACUAUGACUCGGUUGCAGAGAGAUUCGAUCCUAUUGACCACUUAAUUGACUUGAAUGGACAUAUCAUAGGCAUGGGGCUCUCUCCUGAUCACAGGUACCUCUAUGUCAACAGUAGGCCAUGGCAAGCUAAUUGUGUCAUUGAUAGUCCACUAAGCCCACCACGUAUUGCUGAGGGAAUAGAUCUCCACGUAAUUGAUCUCACUAACUUAACAGAGGUAGGGACAAUGUUACGGUCCCAUAAAGCUUAUACCCCUAAUGACGAAUGCUUCUUUAUCUUCCUUGAUGUUUCUCACCAGUAUGUAGCAAGUGGUGCCGAGGAUAGACACGGUUAUGUCUGGGAACGUCACUAUGGAGUCUGUCUGUCUCGCUUGCCCCAUAGAGAUGUUGUCAAUGCUGUUGCCUUCAAUCCUAGAGACCCUGAAAUGCUUGUUACUGUUAGUGAUGACCACAGAAUCAAGGUAUGGAGGUCACGAAGGAGAGCACGGUCAUUAGGGAUAAAUUUGAAAGAAGUAGAAAUGGCAAAAGAACUUCGAAUAAAACAUCCCAGGCCCGACCCACCGCCUCCAGUUGUGGAUAUACAAAGUAAUUACUGAAAUUUGUAAUGAUCUACCAGUGCAUCACAAAUGAAAAAUUAUUAAGUAUUCAAGCCUGGAAAUACCUUUGGAAAGAUAUCUGUGCAUUCGAACCUCCGAAGACCUACAGAGACCUACUGUAUCUGUACAGUACACUCAAGCCUGUAAGACUCUACAGAAAACUUUCUAUACACUACAGCCUACGAAGACCUACAAGAAGAUUUAUUUGUUUUAGAGCUUGUUAAGAUCUCUGAAAAAUUUUCUAUGCACUGAAGUAUGAGAAGAACUUUCGAAUUUCUUUUCUGUACAGUACAGUAUUGGAGCUUGUGAAGACCUUCAAAAACAUUUCUACACACUCAAGCACAUGAAGACCUCCGAAUGGCACAAGGGCUUAUUGUUUUGCAGGUUUGAUACUCAUUUUUAGUGAGACAGUAACUUCAUUGCUUUAAUGAAUGUGGACUUUCAUUAUUGAAUACUGUACUGAAUCAGUAUACUGUAAUUAAGAAUUGUGUGAAUACAUGUACAUUCUGGUUGGCAGCUUUUAAAUGUAAUGUAAUGCAAUGCAUUAUCAUGAACACUGUGAUAUUAUUAUUGAUAAUACAAAACUUGAUUUUGCUUCAGCUCAUAAGCUUUAUGCAUUAAUUUUUUUAUUGAGUUGUGUCAGUAUCAGGUUAUCAAGUAAUUAGAUUGUACAGUACAGUAUAUUGAAGCUAUUAGAUACUGCAGUAGAAAUGUUUUAUUUAUUUUUCAUAUAUUCAUACAUAUAAUGAUGUCCUCCUGGUAUUACAGUGUAACAUACAGUUAGUUUUCUUGUUUGUGUGACUGUAGGGUUUUGAAUACUUUUUUACAUGGAUCAGUAAGUGUUAGCUUGCUAGUAUUUAGUUCUUUUGGAAGUGAACUUAAAUUGUGAGAUUAAAAAAAAUACGGAAAGUGAGAGGUUCAGCCUUUUUUUUUUAAGCUUUUCCUUUACUUAUGUAGGAUAAAUGGUCAUGAAAAUUUAUCACACCAAAACUCAGCCAAUAAAAGUAUCCUCAUUGAUUAUGUACAGUACCUGUGUUUAAUAUUUUGUUAUUUAUUAAUGGCGCUAGUGACACUGAGGACUCCCUGGCACUUAAAUUUAGGCAUUGUUGAAGUAACAUUAUCCCUUCUGGUGUAGAGACCACAGGGGUCAUAAGAUAUUUAAGCAUGUGGGUUUAUCCUGUAGGAAUUUUUAAUGUCGUGGUAAACAUUUGUUCACCAGACUUUAAAAGUCCUUAACUCAUUGAAAUUAUUACUGUAUCUGUAUUUACAGGUAGCCCACGGUUUAUGAUACAGCAUUUUGGUUUUACAGUUAUACAAAAUGUCUUCUUUUUUUUCUCUUUCUUUUAAUUAAUGUUUUUGGGGAUGGAAAACAUUUAUGAAUGUUACAUAUGAUCCAAGCAGUUUGAUUGACUAUCACAUAUCACAACAUUAUUGUUAACGAGCCAGUGGAGUCUUUCAAAUCUAGUUCCAUGCUUCAACAGAACUCUCCAGCAGUUUCUUGUGUUUUCCAAGUGAUUUACCCUUUUACAGAUAUCAGGAAAGUGACUAGCAGAUGAGACCCCACAAAGCCAUCACUUUAGAUGUUAAGUUGGAGAUGAUAAGGCACAUUGAUGAGCCUGGCAAAAAGAUGAUAGUCAUUAGUAGAGUUUUAAAAGUAUAUUAUCUCGGUUAAUUAUGGCAACCAUUAACAAAUUACAGUUUUGUAUUUCUUUAAAUUGUUGGAGAUGUAUACUGCACAGUACUGCAUUUUUAAUUAAUAUUAAUGCAAAUAUUUAAGUUGUUUUUGCAAAGUGUUAUCUUAAUACAUGAUGGAGAAGUCACCACCCCCCCCCCCUACAUGAGGAACAUAUCUCGUAAUUUAUAAUGGUAUUUCUUAGAGAAAUAUAAUCCAAUUUACCAUAGGGUUUUCAGAAGCGUAAACCUUUUAUAAAUCGACGUAUACCUGUAUUACAUUUUGCAGAUCUUCUGGUAAUAUUUUUUAUACUGUUUUCAUGUUUUAAGAGUACUGUACUGUAUUGUACUGUACUGUACUGUACUGUACUGUACUGUACUGUACUGUACUGUACUGUACUGUACUGUACUGUACUGUACUAUGCUGUACUAUACUAUAAUAUACUAUACUAUACUAUACUAUACUAUACUAUAAUCAUCAUUAUCAUCAUCACUGUUUUGUGGCCAGUUUCCAGGCUUGCAUGGCUGGAUGCUCUUCCUAUUGCCAGGCAUUUUUACAGAGUAGGAACUGGCCAUUAUAUGUACGACUUUGAAACUCAUUAUUGCCUUAUUUAUUACAAUUCAUCGUCUUGACAAUAAGCACCUUGACUGAAGGGGAGACAAUGUGAAACUUUUUGGUUGUUUUUAUUUGUUUAUAUUUUUACUAAUAAAACUGCAGAACUUGUCCAAUUCUAUUCUUUUACAUAUUUCAUAUUUUCCAGCAUUUGUAAUCCAUAUAUGGUCUAAUUUAGAAUUGGAAACGGAGAAUCAUGGUUAUGACUAGAAUAAUUACCGUACAUUGUAAGUGCAGAUGUACUGUAUUUGAAAUAGCUUGUUUUAUGACUGGUAUGUUAUACUGUAGAGUAGUGUAAUGUUGAAAUCCUUUACAGAUGUAUUUUCAAGAUUUCAAAUGUAUCUUUCUUUGUUA